AUGGAUGAUAACAGCAAUAACAGCAUCGAUAUGAGUAAUAAUAUUAAUAAUAGGUACAAUAUAGCAAACAACAGCUAUUGUAACAUCCUUUACCUAGGUUGUCACCCGAUACUUCUGGACAAAAAUGAUGAAUUUUUGAGUACACUGUUGAAACCGUUAGCUGAUGUAAAUGAUAAUUUGGAUGGUGAUGAGAUUGAAAAGUUACCAUUUCAAUUACAAUAUUAUGAAGGUUACCGAUGUCAGGAUCCACUGAUCACGAAUAAAAUUAUCGAGUCACUCUAUCAGACAUUACACUUUGAUGCUUGCUUAAAAUUGCCACAUACUUUGUUUGAAAAAAGCGACGGAAAGGAAGAGCAGAGAGUUUGUAACGAUGAUAUUAAUUAUAAUGAUGACGAUGAUAAUAGGAAUGUUAAUGGUAAUGAAAAUGUCAAUGGUAAUGGUAGCGAUGAUUGUGAUGAUGAAGGAGGUG